ACUUGCACGCUCAGCGCUCGCAGGUCAUACCUCAUCUCGUCGGAUGCUUUAGGAAACAGAAAGAACUGAUUCUUGAGUUAUUCUUGCAAAAUUCGCCAGUCAGAGAGCCUUUGACCGAGCAUGGCAUCAGUAAUCAGCCCAGAGCGGAAACCCCGCGUAGUCGCCCUCGGAAGACCCGAAUUCAUCAGUGAUGAGUACAUCGAAGACUUCGAGAAGGAUUUUGAUUAUGAUGUCCUUGAAGCUGAUAGCCUCCAAGAAGCCUUAGAGAAGCUGCCUCUGAUGCUCGAGCAAAAAGGCCCAAUUGACGCAUUCGUUAUCAGGAUGGGCAGAGCUCCUUACCGUCCCUUUCAACAGAUCUUCCAACACCUCGCUCCUGACUGCAAGAUCAUUACCUCAGCAGCGGCCGGCUACGACGAUUUCAAUGUCGAUUGGUUGACUGACGAGGGAAUUUGGCUCUGCAACAGCGUUGAUGCCGUCGCUGAGGCUACCGCUGAUAUGGCUCUCUUUCUUAUCUUAGCGGUUGUAAGAGAUACAUCUCGCGGUGAGCGUUCAGUACGUGAGGGUAACUGGAGAGGUCCUGUUGUUCCAAGUAGAGAUCCUUCGGGCAUGACGCUCGGGAUCAUAGGUAUGGGUGCUAUUGGAAAGUAUCUCGCCAAGAGAGCAGCGGCUUUCAACAUGCACAUCAAGUACUACAACCGUCGACAGUUGGACGCAGAGGAAGAAGCAAAGUAUAACGCUACGUACUGCUCAUCUUUGCACGACUUACUCUCCCAGUCGGAUGUCGUCUCGGUCAACUGUCCUUUGAAUAAGGAAACCGAGAACCUUAUUUCAACCAAAGAAUUUGCGGCCAUGAAAGAUGGUACUUUCAUUGUCAACACAGCACGUGGAGCUAUAAUCAAUGAAGAUGCCCUCAUCGAAGCCUUGGAAAGUGGGAAGAUUACACGUGCUGGAUUGGAUGUCUUUCUGAAUGAGCCUGACCUGAACGAUUACUUCAGAACAAGUGAUAAAGUCGUUGUUCAGCCUCAUGCUGGUGGUUUGACAGACCUAGCGUUCCAGAGAGGAGAGCUGGAGGCUUUUGAGAAUAUCAAGGCUUUUUUCAAGACCGGAUCGCCCAUAACACCUGUCAAUAAUCCUAAGAAGUAGGGCGUUACGAGAUGAAAUACUGCAUAUAACAGCCAAGUUCUCUUGCAUCGUUACAUCACAUAAUCGUAAUCAUGGAGGCCCAGUGAAGUUCGUCACAAUAGGGCAACUCCAGGAAUGGAGCAAUAUGGAAGGACGGAAAUUUUCUCGCUCCGUGAGAAUAGAUUAUGUUUCUGC